GGGCAAACAAAGCCAGAUGAAUCAGAUAAUUCACUGACCCCGUUCACGGCUCUCGAAUCUUUCGAUGCCCAUCUGUCCGUGCUUCGCCGACACAUCCAGGACUGGUUUUCCGAUCUGGAUCGACAGGUUCGCUACGCACUGAUGACCACUGAAGGUCUGAUCAAAUUGAUCACAUUUUUCGGACGGGCACACGCCAGUGGAACUCUGCUUUCCCAUAUGAUCACAUUCCUCAAUGACAAGGUAAGUGUUUGA